CCUAAAACCCCAAAUAAAAACCCUUCCUUUUAACUUUUUUGGGGAGUUUGGGAUUUCAGCGUUAGCUGCCCUCUCUCCUUGCUCAGCGCUGUGCAAAAAUAAAGUUCCUACUUUCUUCCACCAUCCCUGGUGUCAGAGAUCGGCUUGCUGCGCAAUGGGUGAGCGAACUCGCUUCAGGUUCGGAGAAGGAAGUCAGAAUAGAGGUAUUGUGGCGAACGUUUGUUUAGAGAAGAAAUCAAAGACCAGCUUUUCUGAGAGAAAGAAAACAUCAGCAAAUAAAAUGCUGUUCCUGCAAUUUGCAUUGCUAGUGGUUCUCCUCCCAGGUGGUGACAGUAAAGAUGGUCUCUGUGCUCUUCUGAAAGUUGAAUACAAAGCAUGGGACUGUGGGGCAGACUUCCAGGAGCCAACCUCCUUCCGAGUUAUCUACAGCUCAUCCUUUUACAACCCUUCCCGGGUGCAAGCUCUGGGCUCAGCUUGGUUGGGUGAGUUGCAGACUCAUGGGUGGGAGAACCACACUGGCAGUUUUAUUUUCCUGAGGCCUUGGUCCAAGGGCAACUUCAGCAGUGAGGAGCUGACUGAAAUCGAAAAGUUAUUCCGAACGUUCAGCAUUGAAUUUAAUCAGAUAUUUCACAACCAUGCCAGUCAAUGGCAGCUUGCAUAUCCCUUUCAGGUACAGCUAGCAAUGGGCUGUGAGCUUCACAUUGGUGAAGCCUCAGUAGGGUUCGCACGGAUUGCUUAUCAAGGAUCAGAUUUAAUAAGCAUCCAGAAUAAUUCAUGGUUACCAUCUCCAAAGGGUGGAAGUAGGGCUCAGCAAGUCUCCGGACGAUUCAAUUUGAAUAAAGUCUUCCUGGAAACAUGGCACAGGCUCCUCACUGACACCUGCCCACGUUUCCUCUUGGGUCUUCUUGACGCAGGGAAAGCAGAUCUCCAGCGACAAGCAAGGCCAGAAGCCUGGCUGUCCACUGGCCCUAGUCCUGCUCCAGGCCAUCUGAUGCUGGUUUGUCACGUCUCUAGCUUCUACCCAAAGCCUAUUUGGGUGAUGUGGAUGCGGGGUAAGAAAGAGCAACAGGGCACUCAGCAAAGUGACAUCUUGCCCAAUGCUGAUGGGACAUGGUAUCUUAGGAAGUCCUUGGAUGUGGAAGCCAUUGAGGCAGAUGGCCUCUCUUGCCGGGUGAGACACAGCAGUCUAGAAGACCAGGACAUCAUCCUUUAUUGGGAACAUCGCAGCUCCACGGGCUGGAUCUUCUUGGCAGUGAUAGUGCCCCUGGUGCUUCUGACAGUGCUUGCGUUUUGGCUUAGGAAGCGCUGGACACGUUGUGAACCUCCAAGCAAUCUUAUCUCUUUGGAAUGAGAUGCCAGAAGCCCAGGAUGUAUCUAGACCCAAUACCAUGAUGCUGUUCCUUCAACUCUUCUUAUAUGACCUUUUUCGUUGUUGUUUAUUUCUGCUUAAUAGUCAGUUGUUAAUAUAAGCUAAAUGUAGUUUUGUAAGACUUUUUGUUCUGACUCUGGUUCUGUGAAUUUAAAAAUCCAAUUAUAACUCUAACUGGAUGAUGUCUUAGCAAACUCCACAUAUUUAAAUAUUAGUGGGUCAUUGGGCCCAUUUCAGUUGUCACCUUUUCUAAAUGGCCUUCCCUGAUUCACACGUUGAAGCUGUCUUUGCCUUGUCUGAACUCCCAGUGCACUUGAACUGUACUUUGCCAAAUCUAUCCCUCACUUCCUGCCCUUUGAUGCAGCUAUUUAGAUCCCUUUUCCCCUUAUAAUUUUUAAGCUUCUCAAUAGCAAAGUCCUCAUCUUUUGAAUAUUUGUAUCCUUGGCAAAGUGUCUUUGCAUGUAAUAUGUUCUUAAUAAAAACUUGUGUUGAAUUUAUGUUAAA